AUGUCCGCUGUUUUAAUGAAUGAUAGUGCUCUAGGAUUAAAAGUAUCGUUUAAUAUUGGAGAUGAAAAUGGUGACUCUCCCGGAGACAGCGCAGUUUUUAAUUUCAAGGCAUCGUUUUGGGGGAGAAUAAAUGUUAAAGCUCGACUGCUGAACAUUGGCCCUGAGUUGGGUUAUAGCCACCGAGAGUUGUACAUCCAUGCUAUCCCAGGACGAGCAGAAUUAAAUUGUCCUUCCGUGGCUCGUACGGGACAUACGCUUCGCUGCGUGGCAAAGAUUUACGAAGGAACGAACCUUCAGGCAACAUGGACGUUUAAAAACGGAGAUAUAAAACACAUUUUAUUACCAGGUAAACUAAAACUGAUAUUUGCUUGGUUAUUGUUAGUUUUUCAUUUAUUUCGUCUUUUAUGUGUUGCGAAAGCACCUCGAUUUGACAAGGGACUGUCAAAGUGGUACGCUCAUACUGACACUCACGACGUAUUGUGAGAAACAACCUUGAUUAAAUUGAAAGGGCAUUCAAGCUGAGCACACUCGUUCUUUUUUCCCUUGGAUUGGUUGGCAAACCAUUUAACACUCCUUUUAAACAAAAAAAGUUGAAAAUUACCAGCAAUACUAAAAAUCAAUAAACAAGACGACCGCUAAGCGGUUAACGCUCGAUUCAAAAUCAGAUAUGUUUUGUAUAGGUAGCAACCAUACGACUCCGUUUUAAUGUCCAAAGUCAAAUAACACACAGACUCAUGUUAUUAAAAUCCAUUUCAUAUGUUUGGCAUUUUUUUCGUUCAUUUGUUGUAUUUGCAAAAGGCCAAUCUUGUUUAAAUUAUUUGACAGUUCAGAUACAUUGCCGGCGAACUUAACCAUGGCUUAUCUUCCUUUUCAAAUUCAGAAAGCAUGCACAGCGAUAACAAAAUGAAUUAAAAAGACAAUAGCCUCAUUUCAUACAGACUUUGUAGUGUUAUUCUUAAUCUUGUUAAAACCUUAAACAUAACAAAAGAAAUGGAAAUUAUUUUGUACAGGUGGAAGCCGUAAACUGGUUUUUUGACAUGCAAAUUUAGUGAGGAGAUAGCGCAAUAAAGCAGCUUUGUCUUCGCGAUAACGAUAGCACCUCAAAACAAAUAUAACAAAUAUAAAUAAGCAAAUGAAAACUGUUGGUAGGGACUAAAGUGAUAUAAUGAUAUCAGUGAAUUUCUACAAGGCUCGAUUAAAGCCGCUGUUCAGGAAAAUGAGCCCGCACUUAUCUCCCCGAAAGCUAAACAGCAGCAAGAAAAUCAAAGACCACAGGCCUCCUAAACUCACUAUAUGUGAUCGCUUGUUAAAGAUUAACACAACUGGCAGUAUUGCGUGAUGUAACGAUUCAUAGAGAUCAUCUGCAAACAGUUUUAUUUCAAAAUAAGUCGCCUUAUAUACCACUUAUUAACCGAGAGUGAGGUCAUUACAGGGAAAUCUCAGAUCGAGGCCUUGAUGUAUAGACCGGUCAAUACAUCAAGGCUGAGGUCUGAGAUUUCCCUGUAAUAACCGAACAGAAGAGAUUAAUAAAUUGAUUAUUAAAUGGCUUUUUCAUUGUGGACUUGAGACUACGAUCAAUCAAAACCAAAAACUGGUCACCUCAAUGAGUUGUACACCGGUUGUAAGCUCCUUCUGCGACACCUGUGCAGAGACCGGACUCAAGAGAAUGGCGGAAAUGGAGCCUAAAUCUCUGCUAAAGGCCUGUUGUUAAAUGUACGAACAGCAAACUUAAGAAGCCUACUUGAGAUUUUAUCUAGUCCACAAUUCUUGGAUGCACUUAAUUUUUAUAUCAAACGGUAUACGUGUUCUUCAGUCACAGGAGUAAACGCAAACUGUGUAGAUGCCCCACUGUUAAUGUAUCGUUCCGGGAAGUAGCUGUAACUGAAAUGUUCUUGGCCAAUUUUUCUUCCAGGGAGCAGAAAUGUUGAUUCAUUUUUAUCAAUAUUUCUAAAACUCGUUGAUAAUUCAUAAAAAAAUACAAAGGAAUUUAAGUUUAAUGAGUGUUUGGAAAUCAAAUGAAAAACUGCUCAUUUUUGCAUCCUUAAUUUCUCUUUCUAAAAUCAUUUUGUUUGAGAAGUAAUAUCAAGCAUUCAACACAGUGUUUCAUCAACAGAUGAAAUGUCCCGAAGUUCGUCAUAAAUACUCCGCUGCGCGUCGUAUUUUUAACUCUCUUCUCGGUGUUUCAUCUGGUGAUGAAACACUGUCUCAUUCUUGAGUGAUAUUAUAUAAUUGACACCAACAAAAAAGCUCACUUAUCAACGUUGUCUUAGUAGUUCGACCCUAGCGUACUGUUAAUUAGCUUCAAAGUUCCUCUUACAUCACCAUGGUUGCAAUUGUUUCAUGCCAUUCCAUUGUCUCAUUCUCAAUUUCAUUUUCAUUCUCAUUCUCUCCCCAGAUCCCCUGUACGUGCGUGCUGGCCCGGCCGUACCUCAAUGGAGUUUAUCCGGAUUAGCUUCCUCAUAUAACACAGGAGUGUUUUUGCUUCCCAAUUCCCAGUUUACCUCCGAGGCAAGGGUUUUAGCUCUGGAAAUCUACGGACACACAGCAGGGGACAUCAAAGUUUUUGUGAGUAAUUUUCAGUUAUUUAUAACAAAAGAAACUGUCCAUUACCUUGAAGUAGUUAGAUGCAGGCCUUCGCCGCUGUUUUUUGGUAAAUAACAACGUGAUUUCAUGUAAAUGGUAAACAACCCUUACCCUGUUUACAGUCAAGUGACUAUCAAACAAAACUCUCUCAUUUUCCCUUUCUUGUUACUAUUCUAGAUCAUGAGACCGAUCUGUAACAAGCCCGCCCAAUACUUCUGUCCAUCAAACAUGUCAUGUUCUCAGCAACCUUGCCCUACCUACCUCUCCUACACCUGCUCAUCUCCCAGCGUCCUCUGCGCUUCCAAGUCCUGCUGUAACCAGCCUCCGAGUGAAAACUGCUCUCAGGUGUUCUCGCCAACAAAUCUUUCGGCUGAUUCGUUGAUCAUAGCAGCUCACAUCGGAGUGUUGGCGAUCCAAACAGGUUACAACCUUCAUGUACUUCCCAAGGAUCAGAAAGUGAACGUUUGGCCUGGAGAUAUGAUAGCUUGGGGACCGACAGCAAAUGGAAAAAUUGCGCAAAAAAUGGGGGGAGGCACGGUGUAUCACUUUUCAUCAUUGGAUGCGCAGACACUUCAAAGUGGAACAAAUGUGUCGGUCAACCAAUCACAAUUGAUUAUAAACUUGACGUACCUGGUCAACAUCAUUGGAUCUCAGGCUGCUAUGUUCGAAUUCAGCCAUCAAUUUAACUCGUCUGGGAUGUACUGGGCCCAAGUCAAAGUUAAUGAUACUUUCGGAAAUGCUUUGGCGCCAAUAGUUAAACCAUUCCAAGUACAGGAUCCUCUUUCGAAAAUAAAAGUUGUCUACCGGCCAGGGUUUUCCUUUUUUGGCGCUAAGGUAAACGAAGAAAUUGAACUAAUUGUUAAUAUCACCUCUGACGAGAAUAUAACGGUAUCUUGGACCCUUGUUAACUCCAGUGGAUUAAUAAGACAUGAAACUUUAUUAAGUGAAGAGAGCAGUUUUGUUAUCGACAGGCUCAACCAGACGUUUUCAAGCUUAGGAACGUACGUUUUUUUGGUCGAGGCUGCCAAUAACGUCAGCGUUAUAAACAGUACAGUGUUGGUCCACGUUCAAGACGCUCUAACUGAUCUUGUUGCCUUUGUGAUUUCGGACAAAGUCUUUCUUGGUGCCUUGACAGAGCUGAAUGUGUCGGUAAGCGGGUCCAAUGCCAAGUUCAAAUGGGACUUCGGCGACGGUUCCGGGACGAAUUACAUUUCAAACACAACUGUCUUUCAUCGUUUCUCUGAGACAGGACCUUUAAACGUCUCCGUAAUUGCUAAUAACCUAGCAUACACAGAGAAAAACUGGCAAACUGUUCACGUGCUAAACCCUCUAAGUAUAUCUGUUCCAUCAAAGGGUGAGGUCGGUGUGGUCAUUAACGCGUCUUGUACAUUAAUUGGAUCCUUUCCGUCAGACCAGUAUUACUACUGGGAUUACGACGAUGGCAGCACAGAGGAGGGUCUUAACAAAGUCCAGGUGACUCACAAUUACAGUAACGGAGGAACCUACACAAUUUCAGUCAAGCUAAGAAGUGAGGUAAAUGUAAACGUGAGCUCGAAGAUUCUUGUGCUAGAGCCAGUCUCGGGUCUAAAGCUUAACAACAUCACUGGAAUAGAACUCUUUGAUAACAAGACUUUCACAGCCCACACAAAAACAGGAAAUAAUUUAACAUCUGAAUGGUACUUGUACAGUAACAAUAGCAUGAUUAUCAUGGUUUGCACAGAUAACAACAACAACAACAAUCAAUCGAUCGAACUCUCCUUCAACUCAACAGGAGUAUACACUGUAAGUGUCAACGUCUCAAACUCCGUUUCCUUUGAAUUUGCCUCGAUAACUUUCUCUGUUCAAGAGCGCAUUUUGGGACUGAGUAUCACUGCUUUCCCGAAUCCUGCGCCGUCUAAUUCCACAAUAACUUUUAACAUCACAAAGGGUACCGGAAGUGAUGUCAGAUAUCGUCUUGAUUUCGGUGACGGAUUUGUCGCACGGGAUUUUCCACCGAACUAUCUUUUCAAUCGGACAUUUCUUUCCGGUCGAUGGCAAAUCAUCUUGACUGCUGAGAACGCUGUCAAUCAAGUGAUUGUUUUUUACAACGUGACGGUACAAGAUCCUUUACAAAACAUAACUGUAGGUGUCGUUGCUGAAUCUGAAUUUCAGGGCCAAAAACUUGUGGCAGUUGGAACAGACACGAUUUUUUACAGCAAAGUAUACGUGGGUACUGACGUAUAUUUCCGGUGGAAUUUUGGAGAUGGAAGCACCAUUCGUACCUAUAAAGGCUCAAAACUGCUAACAGGAGAGAGUAAUAACUCCGUCGGACACUCGUUUGCGAGCACAGGCCAGUUUAACAUCACUAUACAAGCUUAUAACGUAAUCAGUCAGCUCAAAGCCUUGGUUAUAGUGCAUGCGCAGGAAAGAAUCGAGGGGUUUAAGUUGGAAGUUAGUGAUCAUGCGAGUCCUGGGAAACAGAUAACAUUUCACUUUUCGCAAACUAAAGGAAGCAAUGUAAGCUAUAUAAUCAACUUUGGUGACGGGGAACCAAGUCAAGCCAUCACUUUAAAUUCCUUAGAUAAGACUUAUAACAGUGAAGGUGUGUUCAAUGUCACAGUUAAGGCAGCCAAUCAACUAAGCUUCCAGAGUGUGAUAAAAACAAUUUCAGUGCAGCGUCAGAUUCAAGGCCUCGCUUUCGUGCAUCCAAUCGCUGCUGCUGAAAUUGGUUUAUCUUCAGUUAUAUCAUGGAGUAUCAGUGACGGCAGUGACGUAAAAUUUGAAAUCAACUAUGGUGACGGAAGCGCGCCUCAUGUUCUGGACGCCGUCGAUGCCGGAACAAACGUCACCGUGCGUCACAACUACACGUCAUGGGGUGCGUAUAUAGUCCAAAUCACUGCGUAUAACUUAGUGGGACCCAAUCGUACAAUUACAGGGAGUGCCAUGGUAGAUGAAGCCAUAGAGGGCCUCUCAGCGCACGCCGAACAAAGUACAAUUCAGUUGUACCAAAGUGUGGUUAUCCUUGCGUCAGUUUUGAAAGGGAGUCGUAUAACUUAUGAGUUUCAAUUUGCUGAUGGUUCAAAUGACGUGCAAACAUCAAAUAACACUGUUUCUCAUCAGUAUAAGAAACACGGCCAGUUUAAUGUCACAGUCACCGCUAGGAAUUCUAUAACUACUUUGAAAACAACGCGACUUAAUGAGACAAUCACGGUAGAGAAGCCAAACACGCCGCUGGAGAUUCGCGGGCUCAAUGUAUCCUGCAAAGCAACCACUCCUGGGAAUGCAAGCAAAAUUCUCAUCACCUUUGAUUAUGGUUUCUUAUUUCAAUGCCUGGUUGAUUUUGGCGACGGGAACAAGGAAACGUUCAAUGACGAAAAUCUAGGAAACCCUGUAUUACAUACUUACAGUGAUGUGGGUAGUUUUGAUGUGACUGCACGCUGUGAAAAUCUGUUAGGAGGUGACGUCGUCCAUACAAUUGCGCAGAUAGACGAAUUUAUCACUGGAUUAAGAUUUAAGACCGGAAGUGAAGUAAUUAACACAAAAUUUGGUCACGAUGUUACUGUUGAGUGGAUCUGGGAAACGGGUACAAAUAUCGAGUUCAGUGUCACGCUAUCGGGUCAUGGCUCUAUUCCAAGACAACAAACCAGUAAAACAGGCUCUUUGACGUUAAACCAAUCAUUAUGUCCCAACCCAGGAAAAUAUGUCGUCAACAUUGAGCUGUCGAACUCCGUCACGUCUCCACAAAGCUUGCAGGCUACAGUCACCUUUUUGGAGGAAAUAUCUGACUUAAAGAUCUGGUAUAAUCCAGUAGUCAGGACCGGUAGUAAAGUCCCGAUCAUUGUCUCCGUUGAAUCAGGAUUAGAUGUUAAAGUUCUUUGGAAAUAUGGUGAUGGGGUUGAUAACCCCCAGAAAACCAAAGGCUUUGGGAAGCAGACGUUUGUAUCAAGUCAUGUAUAUAAUAUACAAGGAAAUUAUGAACUAGAGGUUGAGGCCUCAAACGAAAAUUCUUCUAACAAAACUAAACGUACCGUAACAGUUCUCGGUGCCGUUAAAGGAUUUUCAUUCCAUCAGCAAUAUAAGGCAGUUUGGCCGUCGAGGAACAUGACGUUCCAAUUUAACAGAGAAUCGUUGCUUCCGGAGCUUCUCAACACAACAUACUGCAUCUAUUUUGGCAAUGGCGAGAAAUCAAUGGACAUACUGGUUGAGCCUGCGCAAACGCAGUUUAGUUAUAACUACUCUUACUCCGCACCGGGGUGUUACAAUGCUAAGCUGAUUAUACGGAAUUUCGUGAGUCGUGUCGAGUUAUCGGCACCUGUUGAAAUCGUACAGCCAAUCAGAAACGCCAAACUCAAAGCCUUGAAUUCGAAAUACUCGGCUCGUCCGGGAACUCUGGGUGGAGGCUCAACUCGGAACACCUUCCCGUUUGAGUACCCAGUAUCCUUUGCGAUUUCGCAAGACACGGGAACAUGCUUGAGGUAUGAUUGGUCAUACGGGGAUUUCCAUGAAUCGCAAAACGUCACUGAAGCUGUUACUACGCAUGCCUAUCCACUGCCUGGGAAUUACAAUAUUACGGCUAAAGUUUAUAACCGCUUGGGAGAGAAGAUUCUGAAAGUUAAUAUAACUCUACAGCAUACCGUACGGGGUUUGUAUUUAGCGGCCAAUGCUUCAGCAAGACCCGAAGAGAGUAUCACUUUUGUCGUGUUUUGUUCGAGCCUCGGAACGGAUUCUCAGUUUGUUUUCAAUCCUGGUGAAGGAGAUAACGUUACUCUCAACCGCAAAAAAUUUAAGGAUAACUCCAAACUAAAAGCGGAAAAUAACCUCGACCCUAAUAUCAACUUGCCGUUCACUCCUUCAGAUUACUACGCACAGGUUCACAGUCAUAGGUAUACAAGAAAGGGAUUGUUCGAGGCGCAAGUGUGGGCCUGGAACGAGGCAUCCCAGCAAUCAACUCGUUCUUCAGUUGCAGUAACAGAUGAGCCAGUCCCAGUCCCCGCGGUGCAAGUGACGGGAGGCCAAAAAAACUUAACAAAUAUCAAGCCUUUUUUGUUUGGAACGCGAUUUUCUCUUAGCUCUAGCGUGGGGAUCUCAAGCAAUAAAAGCUUCAAAGUCAACUUUAAAUGGGUUGUGUUUAAAGCCGAUUCAUAUCAUAGCCCUGCAGCUUCCGUUCACAUGCAGCUACCUCCGGAGACAGCGAGAGAAUUGAAGUAAAUAAAACGCACUUUACUUGAGCAAUGUAAUUGUAUUUGUAAUUGCAAUGGUAAUCGUAACCGUAGUUGUAAUCGUAAUCGUAAUUGUAAUUUCAAUGGUAAUCGUAAUCGUAAUUGUAAUUGCAAUGGUAAUGGUAAUGGUAAUCGUAAUUGUAACAACCCACGUUUGAUAUAUUAAAAUUCCAACACGACUCCGAGGCUUUAGCGACAAAAUUGCAACUUUUUCACGACUCCAUUGUCUCGCAAUUACCAGAAGAAAGAAAACCAAACCAAAUAUAGAAAAAUGACCGGACAGCCUCAUAAUCAUGUUAAAAUUUUACUAUACCGAACGUGGGAUUUUGUAAUGGAGACGAGACCACCAUUUCUAGGCGUUCAACCGAGCCACGCGAAGGUCUAGUCGUUGAAGGUCAAAGUCAGCACCCUCAGUUCUCAAAUAGCAAGCAAACAUAGUAUUAGCUUUUCUUUUUAACCCCAAGAGUUUCAAAACCGAUACCUUAUGGAAAAUGAAAAAAAUAAUAACAAUUCCGUAAUCUGAUAGGCUUUCUCAGUUUCACUACGAAGAAGAAAUUGCUAAGACCAUACAGUUCGCGUUUCAACUGAUAACAGAGCUCUCAAAACGACUUUCCUUUGUUUAAUUUAUUUCACUGCUCGAAAUAGAUGGUAAAAUAGCAUCUUUUUGAAAUCAACAUAUCAGAUCAAGAGCUCCUGGGGGGGGAGGGGGUGGAUGCAUUUUGUUUUUUGCCAAACUUCACUGAUAAAUUGUUUAAAAAACUCUUUUCUUAAGUAGAAAAUGAUCAGUUUUGAGGUAGAGUCCUGGCUUUGAUGCACUCGAAAACGUUUACAAGGAAAAAAAAUUCUUUUUCAUCUUUGCAGUCUGUCUUCUGAUAUUAUCACGGACCAGUCCUCAAUUUCGAUUCCCGCGUUAGGCCUGGGCCCUGGCGAUUACAUCUUCCAGCUCACUGUCUCAAUAUCCGACGUCGGUGUAAAUAACGCGGACUACACCUUCGUUAGGAUCGCAGACUCAAACAUCGAAGCCCGCAUUGCCGGUGGAGAUUUUAGGUCACAUGACUGGGGCCAAUGGCUCGUAUUGGCUGCAACCAAAUCGAUCGACCCACUAUCGCCAGAAGACGACAACUUGAAUCACGCUUGGUUUUGCAACAUUACCAAAAAUGAUCCUGAUAUUAUUGCACCGAGUUCUGAUUGUUUUGGAAAUGGAGAAAAUCAAGUUGAAUUCGAAGGCAAAGUCUUCAAAAUCGCACCGAGAAGCCUUAUGGAGGCUACAACUUAUGCGUUCACUGUAAAAGUCAGUUCAGCCAGCACCGGCCGCUGGUCAACAGCAACGCAAGAGGUGAAAGUGUUGAUCGGGAACCCGCCAGAUAUCAAAAUACGGUAAGCUAUGACAGAAACCCCAUUAUAAAAAACCAAACUAUAUUUUAAAAAGUCCCUUAUAAACUUUACAUCAUUGUAGAGGCAAAAGGCCACGAUAAUACCAAAGCGAACAACUUCCAUGUACCCGAGUCACGGUGUUUCCAGCAAACCAGCAGCAAAUGCUAAAGACCUGCAAAUAGUAUAUUUUGACCUUUUAACGACGUUCAGUUUUCCCUUUGAUAUGUAAUUCUUCAAAUGCGCUUAUAGAUAUAGAUGAAGCGGAGGUUCAGUUCCUCGGGAAUACAUUUGGUCUAAAAUGUAUCUUAAAAUAAACCGCUCCGUGAAAAGGUUACAUAAGAGUGACAUAGGAGUUACUCGCUCUGGAUUAUGGUCUCCUGAUAGGGGCUGUAUUUAUUACAAUGAUGUACUUAUGAUCAUAUUUUCAGUACUCUAAAAGAAAAUAUUGUGACCACUUAAUGCUACUAUGAUGGAAUUUACAGAAAAGGUUUUUUUUUUAUUGGAUCCUAUUCUAGUUGUGAGUCCAAUUGUGCAACAUACCUAAAUCCUUCCAGGAGAAUUAUCCUCACGACCACGUGUCUUAACUGUGAUGGCAUCAACCAAAUCAAUUAUAACUGGUCAGCAGAAGACGUAAAAGCAUCUGCACCUUUUCCAAUAUGGCCCGACCGAGCCCUCACGCCACGAGACUCACAGAAUGCGGUCAUCCUUGGGAAUACAUUUGACAGUGGUGCUUCGUACAAGAUCCUAGUCAUGGCCUCCAGAUCCAACUCAGGUUAAACAUGCAUAAAUACAUUGUUCACUUCUCGUAAAGAGUAUCUUAGUAACUUAGAACUGCUUUAUUAGAGCUACUGAAGUGAUGCAAACUUUGCUUCAACUCUUGUAAGCAUUUUUGGCCAGGGUCUUGGUGUUGCCGAUGGCGCGAUCACGAAAAAUUGAAACUAUGGAAUAAUACCUUCAACACAGUAGUUUCGAACAGUAGUUUCGUUCACGCCAAGAAACAGCCUGCAUUCAUGGAGCUAGCUUCCGGCUAAUGGUGUAAUAAUCAUGUCCCCUCUGAUAAUAGUACUCGCACUUUCAAUAACUUUUCAAAAUUAGUCAUUCGCUAUGGGAGGCAAUUAAUGUUUAGUUUUUACAAACUUACGCCGGAUACUCAAAACAAAAUCAUAUACUCUUUCAGAAGUCCAAGGAUUCGCCGAAUAUAACAUCCAAACCAAUGAUCCACCUAAAGAUGGCUCGUGUGAGGUUAAACCCAUUACUGGCGAAGAGCUCAAAACAAGAUUUAGGUUUUCUUGUAGCGGCUGGCAAGAUGAUCACGAACCGCUAACCUAUGAGAUGUUUUACUCUUACCCACGUGACAGCAAAGACCCAAGUUCCUCCCAAAAUGGCGUACUGUUCUUUCUUGGUCCUUCUGCAGAAUCAGCUGAGUGUUUAUUUCCAGCCGGCAAAGAAGAGGACAGGCACUUCAUUGAUGUCGUGGUGAAAAUUAAAGACGCAUAUGGGGAGUUUGCGCUAGACAACCUGACAAUACAAGUAACAAUUUCUUUGUAAUGAUGAGUGCUUUAAUAUUAGCGACCUCAGAUUCGGCUAUGGCGGCUAACACUGAAAGCCUUCAACGGGCUUUGGGAAACUAGGGAAAGAGACCAUUUAUUUUUGGGGGAGCAAGGGGUAUAUUUUGAAAUCACUAUUAGGGGACAAGAGAACUAUUGAGAUUUUUAGGGAACAUAGAAAACGGGUAUAUAUUAAGGUCUCUCAUAAGACCCCUAACACCCAUGAACCGACCAAAGUUUUAAACAUUUGUUUGAAAACUUGUUUGCACUCUGUUGAGUGUGAUUUGGUAAGGUGUUCACCAAAAGAGAGUUUCGUAUCUUUUCUAGAAAGCUGUAAUUGUGUUAAAACGAUGAGGUUAAGUUCAGUGAUUUUUACCACACUGAAGUUCAAGGUGCCUGGAUAUGAAAUGGAUCUGUUACAAUACUUGAUUGUCUCAUAUGCUUCUCAAAUUGAUGAAGAAUUUUUAAAGAAAUCACGUUACGGCGAUCAUAAGGAUAACAUUUCCAGGCUCCUUCACCAAUUCUUUUUCCGUUGUUUUGUCGACACUACCAACUAAUUAAAAUCUUAUGAAUUUUAGAAAGUACGUAGAAAUUGCUUAAAUUUUGUUCUCCUUCUUGUUGUUGUUUUUUUUUUUUCAGGUAAAACCGAGGAAUGUGAGUCUAAAAGAACUGAAAAGCGAGAUACUUGAACAGGGAAACCAAAUCGAAAAGGCAUUAGAUUUAGGAGCAGAUAUCGUCGCCGUACAACUCAUAAACGUUAUCAGCAACAUACUCAACAGUAAAAAUGACACCAGUAGCAAUUUCCAGAUAGAAAACCAACAGGUAAGUUUACGACAGGAUAAUACUACUCUUCGAGGAACGGGGUAUCUCCAUAUUUAAUUCGUAUAUAGGUAAUCUGGUAUUAGACUAUCUACAUCACAGCGCCUAAGUAGCUACUGUAGCUGUAAUUAUAGAUAGUGCCACAUUAGUUAGUAAUGAGUUUCCUAAGCCUUCUUGAAGAGUCUCUUUCGGUAUCGUCAUAGCCCGCGUAGCUGACCGGAUUUUUGUGCCCGGGGUACUUUCUUGGCGGUGGAGAAUCUUCACGCAGCUCCGCCGUCAAAAAAACUACAGCACUCGCUGCUUAUCCCACCAGCUGCGCAGCGUAGCGUCGUCAUGUCUCACGGUAGGGUCUAGCUUUAGCCUGGUCGCGAGCUCGACCAUGCUGAAAGAUGGACGCGGCACUAAUUAGCGACCUCAUAAUUGAGGGUGUGGCCGCUUAAUUGAGGAACGACGGCAAUCAAAACCGCAAGAAUCAUCUGAACUCGAUAACCGUUUAUUUUCAGCUUCGUCUAAAGAUGAUCCAGUACUUGGUCAACUUUCAACCUCAAAACCUUGGAGACCUGUUAAUCGGGUCCCAGACUCUCCAGGCUGCGACUGGAGUCGUCAAGGAGAUAACAGUAGAGGCGCAGGUAAGAGAAAUGAGCCAAAACAGGAGCCCCCUGGCCAAAAUGUUUAGCUUUCGUUAACGUUAAUGCUUAGGUAGUGACUGGGUGGACUGCGGUAAAACAGAAUGAGAGACCUAGGAGAACGUCACCGUUAAGAAGAAGUACUAUAAAAAUAAUAUAUAGAUUUAGCCAAAGGCCAAAAGUGAAACUCUUAUGAGGUAAAGUUUUGUGAACCUGCGACCACUUGAAUAUGAUAACUGGUCAGCGGACAACUUUAAAAAACUCAUCACCUCAAUAAAUUGUACACUGUACACCCGACACACUCAUUUCAGACUGGUCAGCGGGUACCCAAUUUUGACAGCUGUCAAUUGAUCAUAAAAUGUAUUUCCAUUAUCAAGUUAAACGGAAAUACGUUAGAAUUUAAGCAGUGCUUUUUUAUAACCGUGAACGAAGAAACUUUUAUAAUAAUGAGGAUAUCCAAAUCUUGCUGUUUUAACAAAAUUGCACAUAGAUAAAAAGGCACCAAAUGUGAAGCAAAUUCGCCCAACUGAGACACGAUUUGGUCCGCCCGCGUUUCAUUUAGUAGAGAAAGAAGUGUGAGCUUUGUUGAGCAAAAGGAGAAGGCGUACAAUCCCGAAACAAAUAACUUGCUAAUUGCCCGAUACUAGUGAAAGUGAAUUACAUGUAGUGUUUUUAUAAUGUUUGCUUCAUUGUAUUGCUGCGCUCUCUCUUGUAAGGCUCUAGCAACAAAGCAGUAUGCCAGCAUGGUUCACACACUACUGAAAAAGGCCCAGGGUGGAGAGGAUGGGGGAGCCAUUGAAAAAAUCUCCAAUGAAAUGCUGAACGGGUUAUCAAAUCUACUGCUUUCUUCUUCGGUCAGUUACUCUGAUAGUUCAAAGGAAACAGCCGAUAAAGAAAUAGCAGAGGUAGGAUGGAUUAUAUACGUCGUCAUCCGUACACAUCCAUAUACGUCUAGACAUACAUAUACGUAUGGAUAGACAUCUCGUUGGCCCAGGCAGCUACAUUUCAACCAGUAUACGUCAUCCACAUAUAUAUAACAAAACAAACGUAAAGCGCGCGCUCUGAUUGGCCAAUUUCCCAUUUACUAUUUGCCCAUGGGUGAAUGGUGACAAAACCUGGCGCGAGCUUAAAGCUUUCUACGCGACUCUAUUUUCUUUCCCCUCAUAGCCUGCAAAGAUUUGAAAAGACUACUGUUGAAUAUAACGUAAAAGGUUUUGUAAUCCACAAUGAGACGGAGAACUACUUAAUAAUUCAGCAAAACGAUAUUUUUGAAAGAAAAGAAUUUGUAAUAAAUGAUUUACACACGCCAUAGUGCGAGCAGAUACUAGAAGUCCCUCGUUCCCCUGCAAUCUGUAAGGUAAAUUAAAAGUUUUUCUCUUUUGAUUAUGAUAAAAUAAAUGGUAGACGGCUCAGCGUGUACUGUUGAGUUCUUGUUGCACUUGACUUGGGAGGAUUGCUAAGCGCAAAGGAAACGUAACAGUCGACGAAAGAGAGCUUUAGAUUCUAAUACAAGGAUGACUACGAGAACGAGAUUUUCUCAAUGCUAAGUAGUGCACGCGUUCGAACCAAAGUCGUUUUGGCGGGAAAAUGUGAUAGCCGUCGUCAGUCUACUUCGAGUUUUAGUGAGAAUGUCGUUGUGGUGAAAACAUGUUUUUAAAUGUUAGAACUGUUAUCAUUGAGCGAUCGGGAGAGGGCUUAACCUCCUUCCUGGUGGUGAAAAAAGUACAAUGAAGUUUUCCGGGGCGUCUAUUUUAGAAAAUAGGCGAGAAAACGUAAAAUCAAAUGUUGUCCUCAGUUGUCCUCAUCCUCGAAUCUACAGCUCAGUCUACUGAGUAUUGAACCGGCCCCGGGUUUUGAACCUGCCGACACCGUUCUGCAGAUCAGCGCUCUACUAAAAGAACUAACUCUGCCGCCUUUAAAAGUUCAAUCCCACUUGAUUAUUUGAGAGGCCUGCAAACUCAUACUCUGAGGCAAGGAAGCAUUUCGUCAUUGGCAGCGGUUCAAAGCUGUCUUUCGCUCAGCCGACUUUUUACACCUGUUAAACUUAUAGCACGGAGAAAAUAUGGGUAGUAGUCCUUGCAGCAAAAAGCCUUGCGCCUAGCAAAAAAGCUACUAAACUGUCUCAAGAGUUAAGGAAGUACAGAGACGGCGAACAAAGAGAAGCAUAGGGAACAAAUUAUUUCUGGGAAGAAACUUCGAGAAAGUGCGUUGAAUUUGUGCCAACAACACAACAUAAAGUUUUAUUUGCACAUACAGUUUGAAGGUAUGUCGGAGUACCUCGCAGUAGUGUAAACCAAACAUAGUACGCUGAGUGGACAAUUCUGAACAUUCGUAAAAGAGCGCGUAACAUACAUGUGAAAACAACUGAUAUUCAUUGAUAUUAUUCUCCAACAAUCUACAGUGUAACUAUACAACCUUAACUAGCCUGAGAAAACAGCCGACAUUUGGCGACGCCACAUGACGUCUGAGAAACGAGCACAGAAAUUCCAUACUGAUGACACGUCACCACCCAGAACUGAGUAGUGCUUCUGAUUGGUCGUGCCGCUUAGGAAAUUUGCGUCAACCAAUCAGAAGUACUACCCGGAUCUGGGUAAUGACACGUCAUCAGUAUGGAAUUUCUGCGCUCGUUUCUAAGACGUCAUUUCACGGGGCAAGCAGUGGUAGCGUCGUGUAAAUGUCGGCUGUUUUCUCAGGCUAAACUUUAACGUUCCUAGAUCAUCAUUGAACAAACCAAAGUGUUUGAUUUUUUUACUUUGCAUUUUUAGAAAGUUCUAUAUGAUUUGGUGAACCUUAUUGAGAACGUUUCCGAUGCAAUACUACACACCAUGAUACCGGGUCAAAGUCCGCUGGUAGUAAAUAAUAGCGAGGGCGUGGCUAUAAGCUUAUCAAAACAAACCCCAGAUAAACUGACUGGUUUAUCAGUCCAUGUGGGAGGAAAGGAAAAGUUCGUGUUGCCUCAUGAUGGAAGCUUAUUCAACGGCAUCACAGAUAAUUCUUACGUCGCGACAACAGUAAGUAGCUUGACUGCCUGAGCACAUAACCGUAAACUUCCAUUUGGGUUUCUACUAGGUGCCAAGGGCCUUUGUCAAUGUCACAGAGUGUUUGAGGGGUUUUGUAAGGUGACCCUAACUUUUGAGUCUAUGGACGAAAUGCUAUGAUGUGACCAUUCAUAUGAAAGCUCUCUGCCUGUACUUUCACAUGAUGCCAUUUGUUUCAAAAUUGUAGAAAAUGAAAUUUAGAACUUUGGUCGAAAUUUGUCUUUGGCCACAUUUGGCAGUGAAAGGGUUAAUACUCACGGUUCUUAAACCUGGUAACCCCUCUACCUUAAAGCUUGUCUGAUCUCAUUCUUCAUUUCUGGAAACCCUUCCUGCUCUGAUCGACAGAGAGGUUUUUUUUGGCACAAACGGGAAACCGGUAAUUUGCCUGUAAAUUUAACACGCUGCUCCCCGCCCAGGCCGUGUAUGGCAGAUAGACGCAGCCUGAGUGAUCACGUGAUUAGUGCAUGCGCAAGGUAUCUUUAAUUCUGUACACUUACUACUUAACCUUUCACCUCUUCUUGAACUUUUCAUACGACUUUCUCAUACGUUUAUCAGGUAACAAAGCUGUCCAACAACCCAUUCCACGAAUCGGAUAACUCCAGUAGGAUAAAGACCACUCCAUUUUCUAUGGUUCUGAAGGGGGCAGAUGGGAAUGUCAUCCCCGUCAAAGGACUCAAGUCACCAGUCAAUAUAUUUCUGCCUGUAAAAGAACCAACUCAGGUAAGGUAAUUUUAAAAAAAUUUGUUCACUGUUCAAAAACUGAAUAAAAAAUUAUUAUUUUUUACAUAAAAAUAAACUUUUAAACCUGAAAUUCGGAGGCCUUUGUUCUUCUGGCUAAGUUAACAUUGUUGUUGCAUCUGUAAAUUGAUAGCCAAAAGAUCUCCUUAGUUUUUGUCAUGAUUCAUACUCUUAAAACUCUUACAGUGUUUUUUCAUCUCUCAUGUUCACAAAAGCGUUUAAGCUAACCAGUCAACUAGAUUUUUAAAAUUCAUUCAGAAUCUUGAAGGAUGUUUUAGGCAUCCGAAAUUUUACCAAUCAGAUUCGGAAGAAAUGAAAUUUGGGAAAACGUAACGUAUCUUGACGGGAUACGGAUUUGACCGCUACUCUGGAAAGGGGAUUUGCCAAAAUCUUUGCACGCGAUGUAGUAUUUGGAGAAAAACGGUAUUGGGAUAGAGAUGACAGUAGUUCGGGAUACGGGAGGGAGCCGGAUACGGAAUCAGGACCCCCUCAUCCCCUUCCAGUCCCUUUUCAUUCUUUCCCGUUUCUGAUUCCUCGUUACAGAUUACACUAAACAUCUCUCAAACGCCCUCAGCAAGUGGCUCCAUGUCUUUGCACAAAGUCACCGCCCCAAACAAUGACAGCACCAUAAGGGCCGAAAUCCUGCCAUCCGACGGAAGUUCGGGGCUUACAAUUUACUUUCGCUUCAAUGAACCUCCUUCCUUAACAGAAUACGACUUAAAAACAACUCUCCCACACCAGGACCACGCGGUCGGAAAUUACACGCUGUUUGUAUCGCGUGAUCAAAUGCAAGGUAGCGGCGACUACUACGUAGGAAUUUUACCGACUGCCCAUGAAAAUGAACCAAGGGAUACGGCAGUAAAUUACACUUUUGAUGUCAUCUCUUCAGCGUGUUACUUUUGGGACGAGUCUUCCAAGGAGUGGAGCAGCAAAGGAUGUAAGGUAAACUGCUGUUAAUGGUAAAUGGUCGGUCAACGAUUUAGAGUAGGGAGGCAGGGAGGGAAGCAGCUGAUUCAUGAUUCCACUCUAUCAAGAUUGAUGGCGAUGUAGGCUUGGGUGUUUAAACGGACCCUACACCCUACACACAUGUUGCUGGCAUGAAAAGUUAAGCUGGAUAGAAUUCUGAUUCUGAUUCUUAUGCACACGCAUAAGAACAAUAGAAAUGUAGGUUGAAUCAUGCAAACAUUGAACCAACAACACCCAAAAAAAUUUAUAAUUCGAUUCAUCGUGUUGCAACGCACAAAGUUAGAUGAAGACAUCUCCUCGCCAAACCACACUUAGCCUGUGUCAGGGUCUCGAUAAAAGUUAAAAUUGAAGGCAAGGCUGAUCGGACAGCUAAGGGUUACAAAUUUAUCAGGGAGCUUUUCUAGCCCCUGAUGAAGACUAGUUUUGUCCGGUUGAAAUAGUGGGCAAAUAAAUUUGUAACCCUUAGCUGUCCGAUCAGCCUUUCCUUCAAUUUUAAUCCUGAUCUACGACAAGAUCCGGCUUUCCCUCGCUGCUGUUUGUCCAAGUGGUCCUUACAAGAAUUGUUCUCGAUAGUAGGGACGUCACGAAAGCAAGGUCAAGAUCUGAAAAAGGGGACGGGAUCUCUCUGCGCAGCCCCCGCCCGUUUUUCGAAUUAUCAGUUUUCAGUAUCUCUGCACACUACUAUCUUGAAGCAUCGAACAAGCUAAACCACACAUACGAUGUUGACAACUCUGUAUUACUCUUCUCUAAUUUGUAAGUGUUUACUCUCGACGUGUUACCUGUCUUGUCUAAGGUUAUGUGUACACAUUACCGGACAGCUUUUUUUGCCACCACGAAAAACUACAAGGUAUGGUAUGAAAAGCAACGGCCCGGGCUGGAGCAAGAAGUUUUCACACAUCGAACAUCGCGCCAGAGUGGUUGGCCGAGAGGGUUUGGUGCACUAAAUUCCAGUUCUCUUUCCUGAAUAUUUACUUCCGCCUCAGUGGGUUCCAGUCCUCUCUCCUACUUGUUCACUUCCGCUACUCUCCGAAUACCUGUUCACACUGCAUCAAAGUGUGGCACAGACCUAUCCGCUAUGUGUCGCUCAACUUUCGAGAUCUUUACAUCGUUACAGAAAUCGCCCUGUAAUCACCGUUCUUAUGUGUGAAGAGAAGGUCAAUCCGGUAUGGUUUUGAUGCCAGCCCAAGAGCUAUCUGUUAUAGUAUCAACAUACCCUACGUCUAACCACCUUCUUACCAUAAUUUUACAGGUUCAUAACCAAACUAGCCGCCAUCUUACUCGCUGCCAAUGUUCACACUUGACAUGGUUUGGUGCAGAUUUGUUCAUCCCACCAAAUAAACUUGACAUCAAAGCUUCAAUCAAAAAGUUAGCUGAGCUUCACAAGCACCCUGCGCUGCUCGCUACCUUCUGUACUAUUAUUGGAUUGUACAUUCUUGCAAUGAUCUGGGCAAGACGUAAGGACAGAAAAGACAUCACCAAGGUUUGAGUGAAAUAUUUGAGUUGUUUACAAUUAAGUGAACCUAGCCAGCAGUGAAAGCGUUUUCUUCGGGCGCGCCAAGCACCUACCCUAAGAGUUGCUACUUCUUCUCUCCCCAAUCUUCCUCUGUCAUAAAAUCAAAAAUAAACAAGCCUGCCCAAAUUAAGCCUUCACUGCAAGCUAAAGUGAACCUCAAACCAAAUCAGACGUUUUGGGUAACAAACCUACGCGCAGAUCAUCAUUGAAGCCAGUACACGUUGCUGGUCAACCUUGUUCCCAGGGCCGACUUUCCUGACUGGGAGAAGAAAAGCCCCUGGGAACGAGAGAUUGAUGACGGUACUAAGCGCGGGAAAAAGAGCGUGCGGGCAAAUCGGAACUGAUUGGUAGACAAAGUGACACGAUUUAUUUAGCCGAUCACAACACUGAACGUUAUAAGGUACAAAACAAAGAAAUAAAACGAUAUAAUAAAAUAAAUAUAAACGAUUUAGAGGCAGUACAUUCACAUACUUUUUCUUUGUCUACCUGACUUCUGGGCUAAUUUGAAUUUGGAAAUGCUGGUUUACGAGGAGAGAGGAAAACCCGGAGAAAAACCUUUCGGAGUAAAGGAAAGAACCAACAACAAACUCAAUCCACAUAUGGCGUCGACGCCGGGAUUUAAACCCGGGCCACACUGGUGGGAGGCGAGCGGUCUCACCACUGGGCCACCCUUGCGCCAAUACUUGCGCCAACCCUGCAUCACCCAUGCGCCAUCCUUGUGCCGCCCUUGCACCACUCUCUUACACCUCGGCCACUCUUUUCCUUUCUAGGUAGGCCUGGUGCCUGUUCUAGAUAAUGACCCAGCAGACAGAUAUCGCUAUGAAGUCACAGUCCAUACAGCGCGUGGGAAAAAUGCAGGAACAAGCGCUAAUGUCUCUAUUCUAAUCGCUGGCGAGGAAGGUCAGAGCGCGAUGCAUAUGUUAAAGAGCACGUCAAGAACAUGUCUACAGCCAGGCAGUGUUGACUCAUUCCUUAUAACGACAUCAGACUGCCUGGGCAGUCUGACAUAUAUCCGUAUGUGGCAUGAUAAUACCGGUAAAAGUCCGUCAUGGUUUGUCUCCCAGCUGGUCAUCCGGGAUAUUGAAACAGACGAGAAGUUCUUCUUUCUAUGCAACAGUUGGCUGGCCUGCGAUGAGGGUGAUGGACAGGUUGAUCGACUCUUUCCAGUGGCGGGAAAAGAAGAGCUGCGCGACUUUGUCCAUCUGUUCAAGACCAAGACAUCACGUGACUUUUCUGACGGGCACUUGUGGUUUUCGAUAGCUUUUCGGCCAGUGCGCAGUCGCUUUACGUGCAUGCAACGAGUAUCCUGUUGUUUGUCUCUUCUGAUGUGCUCAAUGCUAGCCAAUGUACUCUGGUAUCAAACGCCGGUGCAGGAUCAAAACAACGUUCUUCUAGAUCUCGGGUUCUUUGAGUUCACCUGGCACGAGAUUCUGAUUGGGAUUCAAUCGAGUUUGGUCGUCUUUCCAAUCAACCUGUUGAUAGUUCAGUUAUUCAGAAAUAGAGGGGUGAGCCCAAGGGCGAAACAAAAGUACGCAGAGAGGACAACAGCAAGAAGCGAUUCCAAUGUCAGAACAAAACACCACUCGAUAACUCGAAAACAAACUGCUGUAUCACUCAGCGAUAUUACACCGACAGCUUCGCGAAACGAAAUGUCGGCCUCUUUCAAGCAAAAAAACGUGACUUUAAAAAACUUAACACGCAUGCGUACACCUGUGCCCGCGCGCAAAGACUCGACGGACGACGAUUUCUUCUGUUCUUUGAUUGAGAGUAAAAUUGGAGUUCCAUCGGAGGAAAAAGAAGUCAAACCAAAAAAGCAGAAAACCCUAGAUAACCCUGAUUCAUUGGAGGAGGAGCCCGACUUUUUAUCUUCGGACGUUUACUACUAUUUGUAUCAAGACGAGUCACAGGAAGGGGAUAAAGGUGCUAUCAUGUAGUUGAUUAAAUACUUGUUUCCAUAGCUUUAAGUAGAGACCUUUAGAUUCGAGGACGAGAACGACUUCGACUACGUGAUUUGACUUAAAGUUUUUUGCGUAUUCUCAAAAAAUAGACACCCCGGAAAGCUUCAUUUUCCUUUUUUUUUACUAGAAAAGUUAGCACUGUUAGGUUUAUUGAAGGAAGUAAGGCCCUCUCCCGAUCACAAGAUGAUAAAACUUCUAACAUUUGUUAACUCGUUCCAACCAGUACGACAUCUUUGCUAAAACUUGUUGUAGAGUGAGGAAGACUAUCAGGUCGUCUCGCCAAAAUGACGCGGGUUGACCCGCGCGCACUACUUAGUAUUGAGAAAAUCUCGUACUCGAAGUCUUUCUCGUCUUAGAAUCUCAAUAGCGAUUUUAAGGCACGGCAUUUAUCUAGGCAAGGGCGCGCAAGCUCAAGCGGUAGGUAAUAAGCGUAUUUGUUCCCCAGCCAAUCAAAAUCUGUCGCGUUCCGUGUUUUCAUCCCUUGGCUAUUACUGAAUUUUCGAAGCAUUUCAGCAAAUGAGUGCGCCAACCACACAGAGUUGUCGGUCGCGCAAAACAUUGUGCCGCCUUACUUAUCUCACUAGAAAUGCCUUGAUAAAAAAGUUUUCUGAGUCAGUAUAUCAAAUGUGACCGGUUGUUGAGAAAGGUUUUAUUCAAAGGGAAAUUGAACCUUUGUUUAAGGUCUUCAUUAAUCUUGUAUUCUUUAAUCUUUACUAGCUUUCCCUGAAUCGACUUACAACCGCGAUUCAGUAGGAUCAACUUCCCCCUUAGUUCCUCCUGAAAACACCAAGGGAAAGAAAAGAAGAAAGAAAACGAAAUGUUUAUUUCCAUGGUGGUUUGUGUACUUCGGGUGGUUUUUCUGCAUUUCAACAGCAGCUGCGGCCGGAUUCUUCACGUUGUUGUACGGACUUCAAUUUGAGAACAAGCAACAAGAAGAAUGGCUGGUGUCCAUGUUUGUAUCGAUGUUCCAAGACAUCUUGGUAAGCCAGCCGCUAAAGGUUGUCAUCGUCGCUAUUUUCUUUGCUCUUCUCUUCAAGAAACCCCAAGAUGAAGACGACGACGUCAUCAACGCUGAGCUGGCGAGAGACGAGGAAUGGCUCGAGAAAAAUCUUAGUCAUGCGCGUAAGGGAGAUGGACAGACUGCUGCCACACAAUCUCUUCGUCCUCCUGAUAAGGUAAUGUAGUUAGAAUGACAUUCUUCUACGAAUGCUUGUCAGAUGAUAUUGCAGCCUCGUCUUCAGAGCUUUUCUCUUAGAAGAUGAGAGGGAAAUUUUAAGGGAAAAGAUGUGGGGACGAGGUUAAUGAUAUUGUAGCCUUUAACUACUCCGUUACGAAAUGCUAAGAACAGGAACUUCGAACCCAUUUAAUUGGUUCAAUUUAUUGUUAUCCGCGGUAACCAUAAAUUAACUCGCAAGUUUCAGCGAUUAUUGGCAUUCCAAAAACGAUAAAGGAAACACUAGGGAGGGAGAUCGAACAAUCUGUUACCCAGAUCUCCCAUGGUCAAACAGAUUCAUGCCAAACAAGCAUGAGUGAGAUCUGGGUGAGAGAUUAGGUCUCAAGUUCAAAACAAGUAUCAAUGGGGUAUCAAAAAGCCCGUUUUAAUCUUCAAAUUUCACCUUCAGGAACAUUCUCUUGCAAAUAAACGUUUUUGUUUCCUUUUUCUUGUAAUCCAGACACUCCUACAAGCUGCUCGAGCGCGCCUCUUCAGGGAAAGGAAGAUGCACUCGGUUAUCCGGGAAAUCGUGCUCUACCUCAUGUUUGUGUGGAUAGUUCUGCUGGUAGCGUACGGUCAUAGAGACCCGUAUGCACACUUCAUGACUCAAAACAUGGAGAACUCGUUUGUUGGACACCAAGAGUCACCUGGUGCCCGCGAAGAUGACAAGCAAGAAACAACCAAACAGAAACCUGUCGGAGGCGGUAACGUUAAACUUUCUGACGUAAGUACACGACAAUGCUGAGUGUACCUUUCUCGUAUAAAUUUAGGUUUCUGGGAAACUGCCCACCUACCCCUCUCCUAAGCCAACAUUUUGCCUUAAGUGAGAAGUAAGUGAUAAUGUUGACUUAGGGGAGGGGUAGGUCGGCAAUAGACCAUUUCCGGGUUGUCUCAAGCCUCUGUUUUAAAGAAGAGCUAGGUGUGAAGCUAUUGAUUUGAAAGUGAUUUUUUAUUCUCAUGCUAAACAACUCAUUUUCAAAAGAAAGGUUUUGCAAUUAGCCUCAUUUUGAAAACGAGAACUUUUGAAACUGUGGGACUGUUUCGGCGAAAGAAUGUUGACCCAGUACCUGCGCAACUUUAUAGUAGCUAAAUCGUCACUUUCAAGUUUCCCAUAAUACAUCUUGUUUACCCUCCACAAUUUGCUCAAGAAUUGUUUUCCAUUUCUUCUGGGUAUUACAGUCGUCCCAAGAGAAAGCGAAAACAAUGCUUAUAAUAUAAUGUUACUCCAAAACUUUCUCUAGAGGUUUUGCUCAUAAUAACGUGUACACACAUUAAUCAUUUACAUGUGCACACGUAAUUAUAAACGUUACUGCAUUCUUAAGAAAUAUUUCGUUUGACAAAAGAGGGACCACUCACGUUUGGAGUCUUCCUGUGCAUUAACAUCACCGCUUCUAGAAGGCAAAGAAAGAAAGAUUGCGAUUGAAUUAGCCAGUAGAGGCAAGAACUAAAGGUUGAUAACAUCAACUAACAAAGUAACAAUACACGGCUCACUUUGAUUCUAAUAAUGAUGACUUCUAAUAAUGAUGAAACAUCAGUCAAAGAGAACGAGAAUGUUAUUCAUUCUCAACACUACACUCACCCAGCCUCCUCCUCAGGCGCUUCGUUUUUCCCAUGGUUUUGCAUAGAGGCGAGCGCGAAACGCGAGUGACUGGUGAAGAAGCGCAAGGGACCACGGGAAGGGUAAAGAAGGGAGGCGAAGCCGUUUUCUCCUUCCCACCUUCCUUUGCGUGCAAAUUUUCAUCAAGAGAGAGACGUCUGGGAACGAGGGAGACACUUACCCGUAUCAUCAUAUUCAACUUACGCACGAAAUUUACACUACUUAUCAAUUUUUACCUUGAUACCAUCCUGAAUAUCCCUAAGGUCACCAAUGUCAACGAUUUCUGGGAAUGGAUGAAUCAGACGCUAGUUCCAGGCCUUUAUAGUGGUGUGUGGUACAACGGAAAGCGCGGGCAGCGUGGGUUCCUGGACGAUAAGAUGUCUUAUGUAGUGGGUGUGGCUCGAAUCAGGCAGCUUCGAGUUAAAAGUGGUAAGUUCUCAAAUGUGAAAGCAAACCAAGUGAACAAACUCCAGUUUGUACCGUUCAUUUACACUUAGUGGCCUUCUGACACCAUAUCGACCUUUGUGGAAAGACCUCUGCAAAAAUCCGACCUUUGGCUACCGCGUGAGAAACUACAGUGUUUGUAUGAGAAUCUUAUGUCUAAUGAUUUCCGUAAAACGGUUGUUCUGAAAAAAGUAUGAAUUGUAAACUUAAGCUACAAAGCAAAGGAUUCUACUUGCAAAUUUUGGAGGCCGUACCUGUGUUUAAAUUUCUCCAGUCGCUUGCUUCAGAUUUUCCAUAUAUUUGUCUGCAAUUUUUCCAGGGAAAUUUAGUCGGCAGCAAAAAAAAGUUUUACAGACAAAUAUAUAGAAGAUUUUAAAAAGUGGUUCUAGCCCAGGUGAAGCCCUCAAAUUUUUUCAGUAGAAUCCUUAGGAGUGAAGCAGAAAUUAUUAGACAUUAGAUUCUCAUACAAACACUGUUAUUCACUGACGCGGUUGCCUACCUGUGAAGACGGAUCAGGUCUAUUUCCUUAACUUUGCAUCACUCAGACUGAAACUCUAGAAAACUACUAGCUAAAAGUCGAAUUUAAGUAACUCGAACUUUCGUUUAAGAUAGCGGUUUAAGGAUUGGUGGGUUUAGUCAGCUUUUACAAUGUAAUUACGUGGUAUUUGUAAUGAUUGCUUCAGCUCGACGCGGUAGCGGCAAGAAUUUUGAAAUGAAGUCCUGCCGCUGCAGCGCCAAAUUCAAAUGAAAUUCUGCGCAACGGCAGUUCCUACGAAGUUUGAGGCGGUUUGUAGUGAUUCUUAUGCUAUCAAUCCAAAGAUGGGAUCCCAGUAAAAGAAAAGGGCGCGAAUGUUCCUCGCCUUUUGAUUAGUAAUUAUCAACUUUUUUUAACGAACUAGGGGGGUUUAAAAGUUAGUGCCUAUCUUCUUUUUUACACUGUGGUAUUUCAGGCACAUGUAAAGUUGACGGAGUCUUUGACUCGCACGUGGGAGCCUGUGACGAGCCUUAUUCCUGGGAUGCAGAAGAUCAGACUCCCUAUUAUGAACCCGGAUGGAGACCAGCCAAUCAGAAUACGUCUUACAACCAAGACUGCAGCGCAUGGCACUACAAGACAACUGCUGAGCUAAAAACACGACCUUUCCUGGGGCACCUUGCACUCUACCGCGGAGGUGGUUACAAAGUUGACUUCAGCUCUACCAUAGAAAGUGCAUCCUCUGUGUUAGACGAUUUAAAAAUGAACAACUGGGUGGACAAAUACACACGCGCAGUAUUUAUCGAGUUCACGGUAUACAACGGUUACAGCAACCUAUACUGCGUUGUUAACCUACUGGUCGAAUUCACUGCCGCUGGAGGGGUUGUACCAUUCAUUCAGUUGCUGUCAACCCGAAUUGAUCGCUACGUGGGACACUUUUUGAUAUUUGUGCUGGUCUGUGAAGUUUCGUUCGCUCUCUUCACUUUAUUCUUCACUUAUCGCGAGUUCAAGCGGUUUCUUAAGACAGAGUUGAAGGAUUACAUAACGGAGUUCUGGACUUGGAUUGAGCUAACACUGUUAGGGUUAUCAUGGACUGCCAUUGUUCUCUACGCAAUCAGAUUCGGUCUUGAUCAAUUCACGAAAAAAGCCUUUCGCAAAAAUCCUCAAGAAUUCGUGGACUUCCAAUACCUGGCGCUUGUCGAUCAGCUUUUCGGUUAUAUUUACGCAUUUGUGGUGUUUAUGACUUCUGUCAAGUUUCUUCGCUUAUUCAGAUUCAACCGUCGCAUGUCGCUACUCGGAUGUACGAUCAAAACGGCUGGUCGGGAGCUCGUGCACUUUGGAAUUAUCUUCGGGCUCGUAUUCGUCGGCUUCUCCCAUCUUUGCUAUCUGGUAUUUUCCCACGAGUUGUACAAAUUCCACACUUUCGUAACGACUGUUGAGACCCUCAUCAGCGUAAUGCUGGGGAAAUUUAGUUAUGUCAGCUUGGAGCGGACAAAUAGAGUUCUUGGGCCGCUCAUGUUUUUCUUCUACAGUAUAGGAGUGGUUUUCAUCCUUGUAAACAUGUUCUUGUCCAUCAUUAUCGAGAACUUCUCCAAAGUGAAACGGAACAAUGACCUCCAAUCGAAUGAACACGAAAUUAUUGACUUUAUUGCCGAUCAGUUUACGAGUUGGCUUGGUUUAAGGUCGCGUUCCAUUUUCAAAAAAAAUCGAGUCCACGUGGAAGAACAGCGGCCGAGGCCAAAAUACAAGAAACGCAAACGAAAGAACGAAGCGCAGCAGCUCAGAGAAAGAGUUGACAGGUUGGUUACGCUUAUAAAGAACGUUCACUUUGAUGUAGCAGAGGAUGAUGAUUUUCUUAGGAACGAUGGUGAAGUUACUUAUUUACUUCCGAAUAUCACACUGGAAUCUUACGCUUGAGUUAAAUAGUGCUCGUAUACACUGAAACAAUAUUGGUACCUGUAUUAGUAGCCACGUAGUGAGCCAUAUUCGCUGAGCCGCCGCUCACAUACUGGCGCCACACUGGUCGAACUCCUCAUGGGACAAGUUCUCAUGCAAUAUUAUAACCGAGAGUCUUGUCGUCACCGGAGUUUCGAAAGCGUCCAAGCGACUUCCGACGAUUUACCACGAUUUUCCGAAGACUUCCAAGCGCUAUCAAAAUGACCGAACAUGUUCUGUUCCGACGACCAUUAAGCAUCUCCGACGGCUAUUUAAAAGGCGACAAUUUUUAGCGUGUUGUGAUACAGUUAGGACACAAAGUCAACAUUAAGCGCCUUUUCGGAAUAUUUUCGGGAAAUUGAAUUGAAUAGUAUCAAUUUACGUAAAAAUGGUAAUACACCAGGAUACACCGUUCAGUAACACAUAGAAACAAUUUUAUCAGGCGUUGUAAUUUGUUUUUCGACCAAGGAAACCCAAUUAAAAAACCCUUCUUCGUGGCCACUUAGCCUGAUGCCUGUUUUGAUUUCUGUAACAUAAAGAUGGC